AUGUGUGUUCACUGUUCAGCGUUUAAUCCAGUAUUGGACGUCCACACUAUUCCAGUGGCGCUGGAAUGGGCGCUCUGGAAUGGAAAAGUAGACAGUCAAUCCAGUCACUGGACUGAGUUGCACACUGGAAUGGGUAAAUUCCAGUGCCGUUCACAUGAUUGCAGUGGCAUCCCAGCGCUGGUUUCGAUCGCUGGACUAAAAUACUGCUGUAAUAUUGUGAACCGGGUAUUAUAUUCUCCU